ACAAUUGGUGGACAUCCUCCGGCCCAACGCGCGCACAUUGUUCGCAGAACACAAGCUCGCAGUCGCAUCUCUCGUUUCUCUCAAGCCGCUCGCUCAUCACAGCAUACCUGACUGGCGGCGGCACCGAGGUUUUCUGAGUUGCCAUGGCCGAUUUCCAGACCUCCACUCAACGAGCCAAAUGGAUCUUGACUCCUCAGGAGCUGGUCGGCAGGUACAGAGCUGCUAACCAGGGAGCAAUYGGAGCUCUGGAGAAGUUUGGAGCGACACUAAUGGAAGUAGAUGCUGAUGGGUCGUUGUCGUAUCCAGACCCUCAGAUAAACUCAAAAGAUCAUGCUGACAAGCAUUCCCGCCCCAAAGCUUUGAGUAUUGAAGAAGAGCAAUUUAUGCGAGUAUUUUAUGAAAAUAAACUUCAAGAAGUAUGCAACAAUUUUCAUUUUCCUCAUAAAAUCCAGGCAACGGCUCUUAUAUACUUUAAAAGAUUCUACCUACAAUGGUCCGUGAUGCAACAUAAUCCAAAAAAUGUAAUGUUGACCUGCAUAUAUGCAGCUUGUAAGAUAGAAGAAAAUCACGUCUCAGCCGAGGAGCUUGGUAAGGGGAUUUCGCAGGAUCAUCAAAUUAUUCUCAAUUAUGAGAUGAUAGUCUAUCAGAGUCUGGAAUUUGAUCUUAUUGUUUAUGCACCCUACCGAUCAGUUGAAGGCUAUAUAAACGAUAUGGAGGAUCUCUUCCAUGAGAAUGCUGAAAUGCUUCAAGUGCUAAAGUUGGCAUUGGCUGCCUUGUGUAGAUCAAAUGAAGUUCAUGCAGUUAUUGACUUCGAACGAUACCUGGAAAGUAUUUUCUCUCGCCAGAGUUAUGCUCAUGAAAUUUCGGAGCUCUAUGAACGUUUAAACUCAAUUGACUCGUGGGUUAACAGAUAUGCAUUCCCUUCAGAAAAGGAUUUAAAACACAUCAACAGAAAAUUAAAAUCGUGUUGGGGACUUGGCUCCAAUGACGAGAGUAAGAAAAGGGAGAAAAAAUCGAAGCACAAAUCUAAGAAGAAUUCAAAUGAAAUGCAAAAUAUGCCUUUGCACAAUUAGCUGUAUGUCUGUCUUCCACCAGUUAUAUUUCGGUAACUCAACUUCUGCAUUGGUCAGCGAGUUUCCUAUAUGGAACCAAUAUCCUUAUGUCGUGUUCAAUAUGAAAUAUUGAAAAAGAAAACAUCACAUCAAGGACACGGCUAAACUUUGCCCCCUCUUUGGUACUCAUUCUCUGAUUUUAUUCUUUUCUUCAGUCAGCAAUAUUUCUGGUCAGUAACCAAGUAAUAUCUGCCAUGUAAUGAUAACAUUGCGACAAAAUUUUGAAUUUCAGUCUUCUUCUGUCUUAGAUUUUAUUUCUCAUUGUGUUCUGUCAUUUGAAUGGCUUUUUCUUAUCUCCUUUUCUCCUUCAAAAUGCGGGAUGAUAUCUCUUUUUUGGUUCUUUUCUUUCCUCAUUGAAUAUAUCUCAUCAGACAGAGAACCAGAACUUGUUUAAAAUUA